AUGGCGCCUAACAUAGAGGAAGAGGAGGAGGAGUACUGUAAGCUAGGAUUUUACAGCAGAUUACGUUACAGGCUGAGGACUGAUCCCCGGAGAGUAGCAGACCUGGGAAUGGUCUUCUCCAGUGUGCUCGUAGAGUGGAUAGGAGCGACACUGAUGGCACCCAUCACCCCUUGGUACGUUAAAAAGCUGGCGCCUGAUAUGGGUCAAGGGACUGCAGCAUCGGUGCUUAUGUCCUCUUACAAUAUAGGAAUGUUCGUUACAUCUCUGUUCACCGGGCCUCUAUCUGAUAGAGUGGGUCGUCGUCCUCUCUUCCUUAUCGCCCUCCUUCUCUAUACUGGAGCUCAGUUUGCUGAUGCCAACGCUUGGGAUCUGGCAAGUUUAGCUGGCUUUAGAGCUCUUGAAGGAGUCCUAGCUGGUACUCGUCCUGUAAUCGUAGCGUACCUUACUGACGUAAGUGACAAUGAUGAUAUGAAGCUCUACGGUGUCAUCAUGGGUAUCUUCGUUGUCGUCGGACAGCUCCUCGGUCCUGUCAUAGGGGGAGCUCUGAUGCAGUUCUCGAUGUGGCUCCCCUUUUACUUUAUGGGUUUUCUGGGCCGCCGUCCUCCUCUUGCUUGA